AUGAUGAAGGAAUUCAAACAAGAGAUGAUGAUCCAAAUGGAUGUGCGAGCAAAAGAAUCCAUUGCUCAAUCAAAAGAAUCCGAAGCCCGCAUGCUUGCCGCCCAAAACACUUUAUUUGAGGAGUUCAACACUUGGAAGGGAGAGCGGGGGACGAGGCCUCCCACUCCUAUGGGCAAUUUUGUGCCUAAUGAGGUCCCGGAGGAAAAUGUUGAAGAGGAGGAGUAUGAGGGGUGGCAAGGAGGGAAUGUUCGGGAUAGGGUUAACAAUUUGGAGAAUGGAAGGUUUGGGGGGGGAAAUGGAGUCAAUAGGCGAGGGGGAGGAGGAAAUGGGGGGUAUGGUCGCUAUGGAGGAGGAAAUCAAUAUGGAGGGAUGGAGCCUUAUGGGGAUAGAUUUAGGAGGGAUAGGUAUUAUGAGGAGGAGCCCCGACCAAGGUUUGAUGAUCCGUCCAAGACCUUGAAACACAACCUUCCCGAAUUCCAUGGAAAGUUCGAUCCCGAAGCCUACUUGGAGUGGGAAUCUCAAGUGGAGAAAAUCUUUUCCCUCCACAACUAUUCCGAGGGAGAUAAGGUGAAGAUUGCUUUGGCCGAAUUUAGGGGUAAUGCUAACACUUGGUGGAAUGAUGUGUUGAGAAAGAGGAGGAUAGCUAGGAUGGGAGAGGUGCGAUCAUGGGAUGAGUUGUGCCGAAUCAUGAAGGAGUCCUUUGUACCGAGGUCCUAUUAUCUCAAGCUUCGUGGGGAGCUUCAAGACCUAAGGCAAGGAUCCAUGAGUGUGAUGGAUUACUACUAUGAACUUCUUGCUUUGAUGAACAAGAUUGGAGUAAAUGAAUCGGAGGAAACCACUCAAGACCGUUUCAUCCAUGGUCUCAACACGUCCUUGAAGCAUAAAGUCCAAAUUGAGGCUUUGAGGGGAAUCACAUUGGGGGAAGUACUAAGUUUUGCCGAGACUUUUGAGAGGCAAGGUAAAGAGGUGGCUCUUAGCAAGGCAAGAGUGGCUUCUAGUCAAACCGGGAUGGGAGGAAACAAGUGGAGUACCCCUUCCAAAAAGAUGGAGAGCUCACCUAUUACUCAAGGCAAAGCACCAUACAAGGGAUCUCCAAGCUCAAGUCCACAAGUUACCAAGAGCCCUUCCUCAACGGAGAGUAGCAAGGUACAAUGCUUCAAGUGUAAGGGCUAUGGUCACUAUGCUCGUGAGUGCCCCAACCAAAGAGUCAUGGUUAUUGGGCAAGAUGGUAGCGUGCAUAGUGAGGAUGAGGAAGACGUGGUGGUAGAAGACAAGGAGGCGAGUGUAGAGCCACGAAUGUCAUAUUCUAGUGGAGAAGAAGAGGAUGAGGGGUCAAAAUCCUUAGUGAUGCUAAGGAUGCUCAAUGUACAACCCGAUCUUGAGGAGCAUAAAGAACAAAGGUGCAACAUCUUCCAUAUGAAUUGCAAGGUAUACUCUAAAACUUGUUUGGUGAUUAUUGAUGGAGGUAGUUGUGCUAAUGUGGUGAGUGAACAAUUGGUGGCCAAGUUGGGGUUGAAGGUUGACAAACACCCCAAUCCUUACAAGCUUCAAUGGCUAGGGGAGUCCGGGGAGCUAAAGGUGAAGGAUCAAUGUCUCGUUCCUUUGAAGAAUGGUGUCUUUGAGGAUGAGGUGAUGUGUGAUAUCAUUCCAAUGACGGCUUGUCAUGUGUUGUUGGGAAGGCCUUGGGAGUUUGAUAGGAGGGUGUAUAAGAAUGGUUUCACCAAUGAAUAUUUCUACAUGGUGAAUGGUUUGAAGGUUAGGUUGAAGCCCCUCUUACCUAAGGAUGUGUUUGAAGCACACCAACAUCUACAAAGGGAAAGGGAAAAGGAUAGAGAGAAAAGGCUUGUGAGUGAGGGUUGCUUGUUAGCUAGGGCUCCCGACCUUGGGUGGGCACUAAAAAGCCGAUCAACCAUCCUCCUCAUGGUCCGGAACGAUUUAUGUUUAAAUACUAACACUAAUCCUUGUCCUUUGUUGAUUGAAAGUGUUUUGCAAGGUUUCAAGGAUGUCUUCCCGGACGAGCUUCCAAACAAGCUCCCACCCGUGAGAGGGAUUGAGCACCAAAUCGAUUUUGUACCGGGAUCCUCUCUUCCCAACCGGGCGGCAUACAAAGCAAACCCAAAGGAGACUCAAGAACUUCAAAGGCAAAAGGAUGGAACUUGGAGAAUGUGCGUGGAUUGUAGAGCCAUCAAUAAGAUCACCAUUAAGUAUAGGCACCCUAUACCUAGGUUAGAUGAUAUGCUUGAGGAUCUAUGUGGCUCUCAUUGUUUCUCCAAAAUUGAUUUAGCAAGUGGGUACCACCAAAUUCGCAUGAAAGAAGGGGAUGAAUGGAAAACCGCUUUUAAAACCAAAUUUGGCUUAUAUGAAUGGCUUGUUAUGCCUUUUGGAUUGACUAAUGCUCCUUCCACUUUCAUGCGUUUGAUGAAUCAUGUGCUUCGUCCUUUCAUUGGAAAAUUUGUGGUGGUGUAUUUUGAUGAUAUCUUGAUUUAUAGUAAGAGUGUAGAAGAGCAUGCUAAUCAUCUUAGGGAUGUGCUUGAAGUGUUGAGAAUGCAUGCCUUAUAUGCCAAGUUAUCCAAAUGCACUUUUUGUGUUGAUGAGGUUGUUUUUCUUGGAUUUGUUGUGGGGAGGGAUGGUGUGAAAGUAGAUGAGGAGAAAGUGAAGGCGAUUAGGGAGUGGCCUACACCCAAGAGUGUGAGUGAAGUUCGAUCUUUCCAUGGUCUUGCAAGCUUCUAUAGGAGGUUUGUGAGGGAUUUUUCUACUAAGGCAUCUCCCCUUAAUCACCUUGUGAAAAAGAAUGUCGAGUUUAAGUGGGGAGAGGAGCAAGAAAGAGCUUUUAACACCUUGAAAAAUGACCUUACUCAUGCUCCUUUGUUAGCCCUUCCCAAUUUUGACAAGACUUUUGAGCUUGAGUGUGAUGCUAGUGGAGUGGGGGUAGGAGGAGUGCUCAUGCAAGAGGGGAAACCCAUAGCCUUUUUCUCAGAAAAGCUUGGCCAAGCCCAAUUAAACUACCCCACAUAUGACAAGGAGUUGUAUGCUAUAGUGAGGUGUUUAGAGAAUUGGCAACAUUAUCUCAUGCAUAGGGAGUUUGUAAUUCACACCGACCAUGAAUCCAUUAAGUUCCUAGGGGGACAACAUAAACUUGAUAAAAGACAUGCUAAGUGGAGUGCUUUUCUAGAAACUUUCCCUUAUGUGAUCAAAUAUAAAAAGGGGAAGGAAAAUGUUGUUGCCGAUGCCCUUUCUAGGAAGCCUCAUGCUCUUUCAAUGCUUGUUGUGUGUGCUUCCAAGUAUGUUGGCUUUGAGUUCAUUAAGGACUUAUAUAAGCAUGAUCACGAAUUUGCCACUAUUUUUGAAGCAUGUGAAAAAGGAUCUUUUGAUAAAUAUUAUAGGAUGGAUGGUUACUUGUACAAAGAGAAUAAGCUUUGCAUUCCUAAUUGCUCUCUUCGUGACUUGUUGAUUAAGGAAUCUCAUUUGGGAGGCUUGAUGGGACACUUUGGGGUGUCAAAAACUUUUGAUAUUUUGAGUGAACAUUUCUCUUGGCCUUGUAUGAAGAAACAUGUUGAGAAAUUUUGUGGUCAAUGCAUAGAGUGUAGGCAAGCCAAGUCUAAGUCUAGUAACUUUGGGCUUUAUACUCCUUUACCUAUACCUACACAACCUUGGGUGGACAUUUCCAUGGAUUUCGUGCUAGGCCUACCCAUGUCUUCUCGAAAGAAUGAUAGUAUUUUGGUAGUAUUGUCUCCUUUUGAAGUUGUAUAUGGAUUUAACCCCCUCACCCCGUUGGAUUUGUCCGCGGUGGAUUUGCCUUUGUCAAUUAUGCUUGAUGUAGGGGGAGAGGAAAAGGCUAAGUUCGUGAAGGAGAUGCAUACUCAAGUGCAAGAGAGGAUCCGAGAGAAGGGAGAGCAAGUAGCCCGCCACGUGAACAAGGGACGCAAGAAGGUGGUUUUUGAACCCGGCGAUUGGGUGUGGGUACAUCUUAGGAAGAUACGUUUCCCCGACAAGACCAAGGGCAAGCUAGCCCCUAGAGGAGAUGGGCCUUUUCUCGUGUUGGAACGCGUCAACGACAAUGCCUACGUGAUCGACUUGCCCGGUGAUCCGGAUUUGAGGACAAAUCCUUUCCAAGAAGGGGAGGAUGAUACGACCUCACGUGGCGGACCCAUGACGAGAGCCAUGACGAGGCGGCUUCGGGAUGGACUCGCAACUUUCAUUCAAAAGUCCAAGCGGGAGGAGCCUAGGAGGACGGAUGAGCCAAAGUUGAGGAUCGUGCUGAAGAACGAGGGCCGACCGGAAGUUCCAGAGGAAACGCCCGGUUGGGCUAGUUCAUCUGGGUCAGGAAACGCCCGAUACAAGUGGCAAGUCAAGGAGUCUACGUCCACCGUCACUACCAGAUCAGGGUUAAGGACAGUAGACCCGUUUCCGUUCGAAUCAGAAAGUGAGAAGGAGUGGAACUCGUCAGGAGAAGAGGACCCGAAGUCGUCCACAGAAACAGAGCAUUCCGAGACUGAGGAAGAGGAAGAUAGGUUCACUCACCACGCAUCUAGACGCAUUCAAAAGAGGCCCAACGAGGCGACUGAGGAGGACUACCGUUUGCGUGCAGUCCCGUUUGCCCUCAAGGGGGAGAAUAAAGCAAGUGAAGCCAGAGAAACUUUGGGAAGAUUGAUCGAGGCGAAGAAGGCCUAUGAUAAUCCGCGGAGCAUUUUGAGGAGAGGAUCGGCCAAUGCAGUGACAGAGCAAGAUGACAAGAAAGUGGAGGACAGGAUAGAUAAAUUGGAGAAAGCGCUGUUGAAUGCUAUUGAGAAGUACAACCCUCAUGCUCCAUCGGAAAAUGAGAAAUCCCCUGGUCCAAAGGAAAGGCAACUUCAACCUUAUUACAGUCAACCUUGUGAAAGGGAAUGCCAGGCCUAG